AUGAGUGUAUCUAUAGAUGAUCCUCAGACAUACAACAAAAAAUCAUCAAUACCUCAAACAAGUCUAAACCAGAAGUGCUUGAACCACUUCAAGCAUAGCAUCAAACUCUCAAAAGAGAAAUAUCCAGACACUCCCACUGCAGAGAUUGCUAUUAUCAUGAACCCAGAAUCAUCUAAUCAAAAAAAGAUGCAAUCAAACAUUACAGAAACUACUUCUUCACCAACUGAUGCAUUUGAGGCACUAGAUGAUGUCACAUUUUUUUCACCACCAGGCAGUCUUACCUAUUCAGAAGAAUUAGAUCAUUUGACAACUGCUUUACCUGGCUUCCCACUUUUAUCUGAAGAUGAUUUGCAGAUCCAAGUUCCUACUUCCUUUUUCUCACCCAUAACAGAGGAGGAGGGACAGUCACCAUCUAUUUUAUCCUUAUCUUUGCCUAGCCAAGAAGAAUCAGCUCAGCCACCUAUCAUCAGCAAAACAUCUAAGGGCACUUUGAUUUUCAUCACAAGUCUUAAUAAUCAAUUUGUCUAUGAUUCUGUCACUUAUGUGCCCAAUGAACUCAAACUUGAAUUCAAAGGAAAAUCCAAGCAGCAGCCAAAAUUCAUUCAGUCUAUUCAAAAGAAUGCUGAAAUAUCUACCAGUGGAUCAGACCAGAAUCAUCAAAGUCAAAAGCUAUAUAAAGAAAAGUUUCUCAAAUUCUUUUCAUGUCUGGGACAUGAAUGGACUGGAUCAGAUGAACUGCAAGACAAAAUCAAACAACAAAUCAGUAAAGCCAUGAUGUCUAAGGAUGUCCAAUCAUUAGCAGAAGCAGAUCAAGACCCACAUACACACUAUAGUCCAGACAAGCUUCCUAAGGACACAAAAGUUGGGUUUUAA